AUGCCUUUCCCAUCCCUACCUUCACCGCCGACGCUCUUCCCCACCUACCUCGUACCCUCUUUGCCAUUCCGCAGGCGCCAGUCGAGCACCGAUAGCACUGCUUCCACCUCCAGCGAUGCAUCCUCUACCAGCAACGCCACGAUAAGCAGCUCCAGUCCGCCUGACGACUCAUACCUCUCUGGACACGCCUCCCAUCUGCGUUGCGCGCGCUGCUUAUCCGAUCUCGCCCUCUCCUCUCAGAUCAUCUCAAAGGGCUUCACCGGUCGCCAUGGUCGAGCAUACCUGGUAGCCCCUUCUUCGUCAGCGAUCUCAGAUAACAUCGUCGUAAACGCGCACUCGACCACCAAGGCCAGAAACGACGCGCUUCCCAAUCUCCCAAACACAUACACCCACAAGCCUGUCCCCAGACAACUCGUCACAGGCGCGCACACCGUCGGCGAUAUCUCUUGCGCGCAGUGCGGGAGCGUACUUGGUUGGAAGUACGUCGCAGCAGAACGCGGGGACCAAAUGUACAAAAUCGGAAAGUUCAUACUCGAGACCAAGAGAGUCUGUCGUAGCAGCACGUGGGAGACGGCUGACGAGGUCGACGAAGACGGUAUGGUGAAUGAGAAUAGAAGGAACAGCUACAGCAGCGCCCGACGACACAGUCCGGUGGCUCCUCCUAAUCAACUUCCUGCCGCUUUGGAGGAAGACGAGAUUGAGUUUGACUCUCAAGAUGAGGACGAAUGUGAUGCUUUAUUCGCGGGAGGCUGGACGCCUGCCUAUGCCAAAGAACACCGCAUGAAGAAGGGCUUGAAGAGGCUUGAUGAGUGA